AUUGAUACUAUUUUCAUCCUUCUCAGCAGGGAAUCUUCUCUGAUAGCCUUCAAAAAAUUAUGUAAUAUUUCAUCGUGCAUAGCUUUUGCUGAGUUCUGUCAUCUUGUAGCUUAUACUUUCGAGCUGGAUAUGUAGUCUGAAGAACUGGAAAUUUGUCUGAACUUUUGUUUUAUGAAGAUUAAAUCUUUUUAAAUAUGGCCUAUAGCUUUUAGCUACCUUUUCUUUUCUUUUAGGCCAAGUUAUCAAGGCGUGGGACAUUGGGGUGGCUACCAUGAAGAAAGGAGAGAUCUGCCAUUUGCUGUGCAAACCAGAAUAUGCAUAUGGCUCAGCAGGCAGUCUUCCUAAAAUUCCCUCAAAUGCAACUCUCUUUUUUGAGAUUGAGCUCCUUGAUUUCAAAGGAGAGGAUUUAUUUGAAGAUGGAGGGAUUAUCCGGAGAAUCAAACGAAAAGGAGAGGGAUACUCAAACCCAAAUGAAGGAGCAACAGUAGAAAUCCACCUGGAAGGCUGCUGUGGUGGAAAGAUGUUUGAUUGCAGAGAUGUGGUAUUCAUUGUUGGUGAAGGAGAAGACCACGACAUUCCCAUUGGAAUUGACAAAGCCCUAGAGAAAAUGCAGCGGGAAGAACAAUGUAUUUUAUAUCUCGGACCACGAUAUGGUUUUGGAGAGGCAGGGAAGCCUAAAUUUGGCAUUGAACCUAAUGCUGAGCUUAUAUAUGAAGUUACACUUAAGAGCUUCGAAAAGGCCAAAGAAUCCUGGGAGAUGGAUACCAAAGAAAAAUUGGAGCAGGCUGCCAUUGUCAAAGAGAAAGGAACUGUAUACUUCAAGGGAGGCAAGUAUAUGCAGGCGGUGAUUCAGUAUGGGAAGAUAGUAUCCUGGUUAGAGAUGGAAUAUGGUUUAUCAGAAAAGGAAUCGAAAGCUUCUGAAUCAUUUCUCCUCGCUGCCUUUCUGAACCUGGCCAUGUGCUACCUGAAGCUUAGAGAAUACACCAAAGCUGUCGAAUUUUGUGAUAAGGCCCUUGGACUAGACGGUGCCAAUGAGAAAGGCUUAUACAGGAGGGGUGAAGCCCAGCUGCUCAUGAACGAGUUUGAGUCAGCCAGGGGCGACUUUGAGAAAGUGUUGGAAGUAAAUCCCCAGAAUAAGGCUGCAAGACUGCAGAUCUCCAUGUGCCAGAAAAAGGCUAAGGAGCACAAUGAGAGGGACCGCAGGAUAUAUGCCAACAUGUUCAAGAAGUUUGCAGAGCAGGAUGCAAAGGAAGAAGCCAGUAAAGCAAUGGGCAAGCAGACUUUAGAAGGGGCCACCAACGAAAAAGGAAUACAAAGUCAAGCAGUGGAAGAAGAGAAACCUAAAGGCCAUGUAUGACGCCACGCCAAGGAGGGAAGAGAGUCCUAAUGAACUCAGCCCCUCCUCAGUGGGCUUCUACCCAACUCAGGACUGAACAGUGUUUAAUGUAAAGUUUGUUAUAGUCUAUGUGAUUCUGGAAGCAAAUGGCAAAACCAAAUAGCUUCCAAAAAAUAACCACCCUGCUGCUACCCAGUGGGUUCAUUGAGGGGGUGGCAUGGGACCACUCCAGGUGGAACAAAACAGAAAUGACUGUUGGUGUGGAGAGAUUAAGCCAACAGCUUAAGUCCAGCUCAUUUCAGUUUAUGUCAAGUUUCAGUAUCCAAUUCAGGGUCCCUUGAGAUAAUCCUCACAAUUUUGGUCUGUCUGUUAGGUUUUACAUAUGAACUUUAAUAUCACUGAAGAAACCUUUAAAAAAAAAAAAAACUGCUCAGUGAAUUUCUCCUUUCCUACAGGUGGGUGGGGUGGGGGAAGGAGGAUGAGGUUUUGUUUUUUAAAUGACUGAAGUGCUCUGAAUGCAACCUGUUGCAUUUUUAACCAACAGAACCCACAAUAGAGGGUCUUAUUCCCCUUAGUUCCACAGCAGUAUCACAGACUUGAAAGCCAGAACCUCAGAGGUCACCUGCUUGCUGACUUAGCCACCUCCCACGCUCCCUCCUUAGCCUUGUGGGACUGGAUUUCUCCCACACUCAGCUUGUCCCUGGAGGAGUAAUUCUGUCAUUCCUAAAACACCCUUCAGCAAUGAAAAUGAGCAGAUGGGAAUUUCUGGAUUAGCUUUUCCUGCUUUGGAUGUAAUUCUGAGAUGCUGAAAUGUGAAAAGUGCAAUCAGAAUUAUGGUGUUUUUUUUUUUCUUCCCUCCUCUAUUCCUUUUAGGAACUAAUGUUGAAUAUACAGUACUUCCUUCUGGCAUCACUACCGUUCAGCUCCUUAUUUCCAUUCUAAUCCUUGCCAUUAGAAGUUUUAGACUUGUUCUUUAUAAUAUCCUUGACCUGGAGUGGAUUUAUUUACGUAUCCAUUUAGGAUUGAUGCAGCUUUUUUUUUUUUUGUCUUUCUUAAAUCACUGGCUCAUAAACAUAUGUAUACUGGUUUAUGGAACUUUAUUUACACUCUAUCAUGCAAAAAUUUUUUUGACUUUUUAUUACCAAGUACCUUAAAUUUUAAAAACAAAAUCUGUGGGGUUGACAAAUAAGUAGUUGCUCUUCUACAGUAAGGGUUUUACCUGCGGGUUUGACGUGCAGUUGCCUUCUUUUCCUGCACUGAUAGCUUCUUUGUUCUGGUGUGAGUUGUGAAAGAGUUGAAAACAGCUUUCCAUGCAGGUACAUAUGAACCUAAAUCUCCAAUAAUUGGGCAUUUAAUUAGGGCAAGUCUUAAAAUAUGUAUAUGUAGUUGAAAUUUAGUCCUUAUGGAUAACAGAAUUGAGCAUGGCUUUCCAUUCCCACAGCCUGGGAAAAACUCGUGGGAAUGCAUUUGGCAAUCCAAAGAGCCAUUCACUUAAGCCUGGAACAUCUCACUUUGUAAAUCCUAAAGAACACUGGCAGUUAUAGUUUAGAUUAGUUUUUAUUUUUAUGGUGGUUUUAACAAAAUUGUUAGGUUAGAAUCUACCUUUUAAACCUAAAAAUCAAGUCAUUUUAUACCAGUUUUCUUCUCCAUGGAAGAAAUAGAAUUAAAUUGUGAGUGUUUUUACUUUAAUGAUAACUAAAACCCUUCUAAUUUCUCAUUUAUGCUUCUGUCUUUUCUUAUGAAAUAUUUCUUUGAAAGGCCCCAGUCUCACCUAGGAAAUAUGAAAAACAAAAGUUGAUUUUGCUUAUUUGCUUAACUGUUUGAUAUUUGUAGCUCUGUUGACUAGAGCAAGAUUCCAAUGAGGCCAAGAUUAAAAUUUGAUCCUAAGAAGGCCAGUUAGCUUUUUGCAGGUAAAAAAACUUCCGAAAAUCCAAUGAUCCCAGCCAGCUUCUCCCAAGUGUAUGUUAUGGGUCACCAGGGGGAGCUGGUGAGAGUAGGUAUGGUGGGGAAAGGGUGUGCGAGUGGUUCCGAGCAAACGAGUGCAAGGUGCCAUCACCACUCGAGAAGAAUCUUCACAUAAUCUCGUAUCGAAUUCAGUAAUCUCAAACAAUUUGUAUAGAAAUCAGCAGAUGUCUGUGAAUCACCUUUUAGACUGCAUAAUGGAGUGGUGGGUCAGCAUAUAAUGAACUAAAAACUAAUUUUUUUUUCUUAAAUAUUUAGAUGCACUUUUUUGUGUUCCUUAAAUAAAUUUUUUUUAAAAAUGUGAUUUCCCAUUGCUCUUGAUUUUUGGAAAACUAUGGUGGUGGCCAACUUGAAGAAAUGAGACAGAAGAAAAUUGGCAGGAGAUGAUGUCUUGCUCUUUGCUCUAUUGUACAAUCUGAAAUUAACAUUGGGGUAAAGGCAAUGGAAUGAUGCAUCUUUGUUAAAAUGAACCAAAUAAUCAGAAAAAUAAGAAGGUUUUGUUUUUUCGUUAACCAGUGGAUAUUCCACUUUUUAAACUGAUUUUAAGGUAGGUUCAGUUUGGAAAAUGAAAUUUAAUGGUGUCCUCUAAUAAACAUAUAAAACUUAAGUAAGCAUAUCUUAGGCAGUGUUCUGUAUUAAGCACGCUUUUCCUUUAUUAAGUUGCAUAUUUCAUUGGAUAGUCAUGGUUACAUACUCUGAAAGCCUAAGGAAAUGAUGUCACAUAUACUGCAAGUCAUAAUUUUCCUGCUGCAAAAAGAGGUGGUGUGGUGCUGGAAUAGUGGUACACCUUUCUCUGACAGUACCUCUGAGGUCUACAGACAGGUCAGUGCAGGUUCCAAACACCAUUUAUUCCCUCUGAAUUCUUUGGCUCAUUUCUAGAUUUGAAUUUUGUUUUUAAAACACACAGACAAGUAACUUUAUUUUUCCAUAGCCACAGUUUUAAUAGUAAAAAAUUAGAAACUAAAUAUCUGUCAAAGUAUUUUUCAGUCUUUAAUAUUUUGUGUGUGUGUGUGCAUAUCUGGAUUUGAAUUAUACUGCUCUCUUUGCUGUUAAA